AUGAACCAGAGCAGACGGCUCUUAACUUCAACACAUCCCGUCACCCUGGAGGGACCAGAGAUCAUUGUUAACCGCAGGGAUAGCGUUGAUGACAUGACCUCACCAGCUGCAGUGCUUUCGAAGCCCGGUGUGGAGGCUGCCAUCGAAAAUAAAGCUUUAUCGGCUUCUGCAGUAGCUCCGAUCUCUCCGGUAAUGUUGUUAGGACCUGCAGUCUUCGACACCUCGGAAAAUUCAACGGAGUCCAGUUCGAGUCCCAUCUCCCCGCCUUGCGAGACACCUAAAGAUCCCGCGAUGCUCGCGCUGCCGGCGACCGAUGACCGCGUGGUCUCACAGCCCGAAGCCAGCCUUGAUGCCAACCAAAGGGAAGAUAAGACCCUGAAAGACUCUGCAGAAGCGCUAUCUCUGGAACUUGUCCCCACCGUUGAUGCAGACUAUACGGAAUCCCCUGACUCAGAUGGCAAGGACAAAUGGCCCUGGCACUUGCCGCGAUUCCAGGAGGAGAUAGCUCUUCCAGAUAUGAACCGCCGACACUCUGUGGUCACCGAGCGAGAAACAGACCUGAAAGAUGCCAUUCGGCUUAUCGCGGAUUCCGUGGCACAGCAGCGACAGAUGGCCGCGCGCGCCGUAUUGUUCCACCCAGCCAUAUGGAUGCUAUUUGCAAUCAUCGCUGUUGUGAUUUUCUACUCCGACCGGAUUGAGCAACUGGAUAGGUUGCAGCCAUACUUGAACACGAUGGACAAUACGACCUGCUUCUUGAUAUCUAUCGGCGUCCUGAUGACCUUUGCACAUGCGGUGCAAUGGAGACUGCAUGGGUACAUCGAUGCAGCGGAGGCGAAGACUAUAAACUGGCUUUUCAGUCUUGAUGACGGGGAUACUGUGGUCUCUGUUUCCAGCGGAAGAGGGCAGCAGGUGGAAAAGCGAUACAUUGGUGUGGGCAAGCGGGAUAUCGUGCUUGUCAUCCGCAAUGAAGCCACAACCGGGGAAAGCGGUCUCAUUGGUACGCUGGUGAUACGGGUUGAGCCCAUCAACGAAUCUGAUCGCGCUGAGGAUAAAACCGGUAAAGAGCGGGACAAGGCAGCGGUGCUUCCACUGGUAGCACCAGAGAAGUGCAGGGCAAUUAUCCGGGCAUGGACUAUACAGCAGGAUCGUCGGAGUCGGGGACUUGGGUCGUGCCUGGUGGAGGAUACGGUCGCGCUAUGUGCAAGUUAUGGUUGGCAUGGGCCCGAGUUUGCGCCAGACCAUGCAAACGCGCUUCGAAUUUUGCCUAGGAUGUUCAAUCAGUCCAUGGAUAGGACGGAGGAGUACGCCCGCAAGACCUUGGAAGUGUAUCGCCAAAAGUACACGCCUGAUGGGCUUCAAGAAUGA